CUUCCUUGUCUGCCAAACCUACCAUGUUAAAUUGAUCUCCAAUAUUGACGAAGUUAAAUCUUAAGAAUAGCUUCUCGACUAAAAACACAAAUUUUUGAACCAGCGAACUAUUAUAGAUUUUGAAAAAGAUGGAUUUUAAAACUAAACAAAAACUAAAACUACCGUAUGCCAUAACUUUAGUUGUGAUGUAUUUAGUUAGUUUUAUACUAGUAAAUGUAGGAUUCUACUCGCCAGUCUGGUACACAAGACAUUUGGAGAACUAUCAGUACGAUUCCAAUUUAAGUCAAACUGUUCCGCUGACAAAUUGCACUGUCGGGUUAGUGAUUGGAACCUGCAGGUAUCCAUAUACCCAGUUGGAUAAUGAACAGGGCGAUUUAGGUUACGUUAUUCGUGUCACGUUUUACCUGAUUACGACGGCUAUGUGUGUAUUAUACCUGUCCUUUAUUUUCCUUGUCGUUGGGCUUGUGUUGCAAUGGCUAGAACAACCAAUAUACAUGUCUUUCGUCUCUAUUGUUGCCGGAGUACUAUAUCCUGCAGCAGCUGUUCUGGUACUAGCUGGAACCAUCUAUUCGGAGGCUAGUUUCUGGAGCAAGAUAGGCAAUGCCGUCAUCAUCACAAACAGCGGGGGAGGACUCAUGCUUGUUUGUUACAUCAUGCUUAGAAUGUAUACGAAAAUAUUCAAGAAAAAAGGACAGGACAUUGAAAGGAUAAGUAAAUUUUAAGGAAAUAAAACCGACAAUAAAACGUGAACUGUUUUACUCAAAGAUAUCUGGAUUAAACUUAUUCGUGCAUUAGGAUGGAUUCACCUCCACCCGGAGUGUAUUUUUAUCUUAAAAUGUUAUAUUUCAUACUCGAUUUCUUUUCAAGAUAUGUAUACCAAUUUGUUUUUGGGGAACAGGUCAAUUUAGAGGUCGCUGUGUCUGAAAAUAUACAUUUUGUCUUUUAUAGCAACUAAUUUGACUGUCCACGGUCUAUGUAUUAGAGAACAUUCAACUUUUCCCCUCAAAAAUAAUAGUUAACCAUAAUUGUGUGAAGUUCAGUUUGAAUUAGUGUAAAUUUGUAAUUUUGACGUGUAUGUACGUAUAUAAAUCGUGUCAUUUUGUUGGCAAAGUAUGAUUCUACGAGAAGUAAAAGAAUUCUAUCCCUACCCCUGAAAGACCUGGGGAUUAAGAUUAACAGGGAGACAACUUCGCUAGCAGCAGUGAUUCGUCAACUUAUAUUUAAAUUACACACCCCCUCCACCCACCCGUAUUGCAAUGACACAUUUAUUACUCAGAAGAAAACAUGUUCACACUGGUUAUUCGGGUACCUACUCGUGUGAGCGAUACCGCCCUCGUGUGAUUUAUGUACAUGUAGGUGAACAGGAAAUUCACACCUUUAACAGGUUAUUAUUCCGUAUUUAACUGAAGAUUUGAAAAGUUUUAGUACUGAAUGUGUAAGAUCAUACCUUAACUAUUUCCAUGUCAAAUAUCUAUCUAAUAUAAUCUGAAUUACUGUGAAAAAAAAUACGUUUUUACUGCGAAAAUGAAGACAAGAAACUGAUGCCUUGCAUAGGGAAAAUAUUUCGGCGAAUGUCAUCGACGUCUGCAUUAUGUCAACUUCGUUAAAAUUUAUUAUUAUCUUUUCUUCAACUAAAACAGUAUUCUGCAAAAUGUUUCUUACUCCUUUAGAUUAUUUUGCAGUUUGCCAUCGUGAUCUUGCGCUUAGCGCUUCAUGCAUCUCUUUCACUGGCGAGCUGUGAAGCCAUCGUGAUGGUGAAGCUAAACAUCACGGUGGUGAAGCGAAAAAUUUCGAGAAAAAAAAAAAUAAAAAAAAAAAAAGAAACUCCAUAACGUGCUUUGUCAUUUUGAUCUCGCGCUUCGGGUAUCGCCUUCCCAUGACAGAAAAGCGUGAAAGACGAAGCGCGAGAUCACAACGGCGAAGUGCGAAACUAUGAAAAUUUCAGGCUUUAACAUUAGCAUUGGGCAGAUUUCGUACUAACAGUACUGAAUCAUAAAACAAGUAUUUAUACGUAGCGGGAUUGUUGCUAUAAUAUUAUCUAAACGACAUCUAAAACCAAGCAUUACACUGAAAUCUUGUUUUGAUGAUUUUUAAAAAAGUUGUUUAAGGUCUUUCGAAAUAUUAUACAUAUAAUUUAGUUACGUAAUACGCACUGAAAAUAUAAAAUCACCAAUUAUAUAGAAAGAGCAUAUUUAUCUCACUGUGAAUUGGUUGUCAAAUACUGUAAUAUCGUAUGACUUGUGCCGGUGUCAAUAGCGUAAGAUUUAACUAGGUGUAAUGAAUGGAUUUCUAUUGAAUUUUAUUUUCUAUGGAAUAAUAGUUGAUAAUUUCAUACACUUAACUACAAUUAUAACAUAUAUCUAUGAUAUCAAAGGCUGAGCGUGAAGCUAUUAUAUCUUUUCUUUUUAUAUAUUGUUACAAUAGUUUCGCGCUCAGCUCAAGAUAAUAUUAUGCGAGACAAAUUACGUCUGCAGUGUUAUACAAAAAGUCAUAUUCAACAGCUUUCAGCCUUGAAAAUGUAAUUUUUUCCGAUUUCUCAACCAACAUUUUAUUAAUUGUUAACACUGUAUUUUAAUUUUGUUACAGAAAUUUCCUCCUAGACAGCGUAUGAUUGUAAUAUUUCACAUGGUCAGGAUUAUUACAAAAUAAGCAAUCAGAUAGUAGGAUUAUGAGAUAAAUUGCAAAACUGUACCUAAAUUGUUAUAAAACUACAAAGACAAUUGGUGAAUUUCAAUGCACGUUAAAUCAACUAAUCAUAUAAAUCAGUUUGCUAUACAAAUAAUGUCUAUAAGAAACAGGUUCGCUUUAUUUUUAUUACAAACUCAGGUUAUAACGAAAACGCACUUGCUUGUCCCGAUGAGUUCGCUAAAACUGGAGUUUACUGUACUUCAAACACAAUAUGAAGUAAGCAAUGAUAGUGUAUGAAGCCAUCUCCGUUGCAUGACCCUAGCCAAUUAAUUGUGUAUGGUUGCCAGAUUUUCACUACGCAGCUGCGUAUUUGCGUAAAGAUAGCUACGCGCUUGAUAAGAUAGGUAAAGAGGACAUGAAGCUUAGUAGGUUUGCAGGUUUGUCGAACAAUUCAAGCAUCGAGGAAUUUGCUUAUCAUCAAAAUGUUGAAAAUCAGAGCUAAAAGGAACGACGAGAAUUUUUUGUGAACUGGGCCCACCCUAUGCUUGCUCUGGCUAACAUUUUGUACAUCAUUUCAAAGUUAUUACAGUUCGUCUGAUACUUAAGGGGACGCAUAUUGCUACAUUCACAGUUCAUACAGCAAUGCGGAAGGGGUGCAUAUUCAAGAAAUCGAUGGUGGGAAAAUAAAAAACAUAUUCCUAAACUGAUAUAAUACUGAUGGACACCUAUAAUAUUCAGUAUUUUGUGGAUAAGGAUGUGGUACUAUGAAUGUAAUAGGAAAACAGAGGUGUUUGUGAAAGUACAUUCAACACAAAAUAUUAAGCUUUUGUAUAAGGAAAAAACAGGUUUUUUACAAUAACAGUGUUCCAAAUAAUGUUGAAGGGAUGAGAUUUUCUUUCUAACACACCAGGUUUGCUUAAACAUGUAAAAAAUUAACGCCACGUCAGUUCAUCUCGGGAUGGACGCCAUAUUUCUCAUUGACAAAAAAAGUAAACAAAAAAAUCAGAGUGGAAUUAGCAUUGCAAGGACAUAACAUGACAUUCUACACAAUGAAUACCUUAGAACAGAUAUCUAAGAUGCUACACAGGUCAGGCGGGUUAAAUGCAUAAUGUCGAUCACUUGAAAUUCAUCUUGAAAAGGUGGUUAAUUUUAGUUUGUUUACAUGGUUUUUAAUUUUCCCACGACUUCUCGGCGAUUCACUGCAAAUGUAUUACUGUGCCGGACGAAAGGUAACUCUAAUAAACAACGGGAGACAACUUAGGUGUCAGCACGUGUACGAUUUUUAAAAAACAUGUCGAUGAUUAUAAUUUGUUAUCAAAUAAUGAAUCCUAUUCAGAUAUUCGUCUUUAAUAUUAGAAAAUUAUUAAUUUCUGUGGACAUUUGUCAAAAAAUAUUACUUACAGUGGACUACUUUGCGCAUCAAACUGGUUUCCGCUUCAGCUGUGAGGCACUUCCGUUAUACUUUUGACAACAAUAACAAAACACAAAAUGAAUCAAUAAAGUCACUUAUAAACCGACUGCUACUUAAAUCAGUGUAGGUAAAGUUGUUGUUACAACAUUAUACAUGUUCGUUACGUUAUGAGAUAAAGUUUAUUUUGAACUGCAUAAUCCAUUAACUACGUUUACAUGAUAUUGCAUUUACAACUUAUUUGACCCCAUUUUUUUACGUGAAUGACAGCAUUCUCGUGCAACUCGUGCAAACAGAGUUAUGAAAAGUAUGGUGGAGAAUUCAAGGACAAAUUAUAAAUGACAUUAAAGUGAGGAUAACUGUAUAUUCGUCCAGUUUUGAUCAUUCAUUGACAUUCCUGCUGUGUAUUAAGUAACUUUUGUGAAAAAGAUUAGAAUGUUGCUUUUGCACAUAUACACAUUGAUUGGACCUCUCAACCAAAUUUCAUACCUUAUUUUAGGGAUUUUUAAGACAGUAGAUUUUCAAAAGUUUGUUGAAUGUGUUUUGAUAUUUAAGUGCAUUGCAGUUCAUGAAUACCAAGUUAAAAAUUAAUAAUGGCAACAUUUCUAGGCCUUUAUUGUAAGCCACUAGACUUCUGUAAUGAUAAAUGUUUAAUGUAUUAAGGGGAAUAUACUCUUUUAGUUUUGUAAUGUGGCAUUCCUUGACCACCGUAUCUUUUCUUAUGCACUACUUUGUAAACAAACUAAAUAAUGUAUUUUAGCUCACAUAUGCCAAAUGAAAAGCAAGACAGUGAACUUAUUUCAUAUUCUUUCUUUAAAUUAGAAUCUGUAGGACAUUGAUAAAUGUUUGGACAAAGUGAAGCACUAUUAUUUUCGCACCAAAAAGUCUUAAUUGUUGACUUUGAAUGUACACAAGAAAUCUUAUGUAAUUCAACAAUAACUUUCUUGUUUCAGUUUUUCUCAUUUUUAUUUUAGUGAGCAAUCCUUUGUGUACUUAUAACAGUUGAAACAGUAUUCAUUUCAUUUACCAAAACCGUGUACUUUUUUGCAGAUAAAUUUUAUAAUACCCCACCCACUUUUUUUCUAAUUUCAAAGUAUGCGUCCCCUUAAACUUUAACAAAAUAUCAUCUUACCUGUCUUAUCGUCUGUUGCUAAUUCUGUAUUGCAAAUGGUGAUUAUGAAUCUAAGGGGAGUAAGUUAAAGUAUAUACAAACCAAUCUGCUCUUAUAUUGUGCCUUUGUAUUGUGCCUUUGUAGAUUAGAAGAAAGCGUUUGAUUCUGUCGAUCGUAUGUGUUUAUGGAAUGAAUUGCUUCAGCAUAACAUUGAUGACAAAGUCUUUGAGGCUAAAUAUACAAUAUAUGAUAAAGCCAAAUCUUGUGUAAAGAGUAGCUAAUGUCUAUCAAAUUUCUUCAUUAUAGCUCAACUGGUGUAUGACAAGGUGAAAAUUUAUCACCAAUCUUAUUUUCUGUUUUCUUGAAUGAUUUAGUCUCACGUAUGCCUAUUUUUUUUCAGGACUAGUGGAAUUAUCAAACAAUGUAAAGGACCUGCUAAAUGAUGAUAUUUCAGAAAUGUUUUCAAGUUAUUUUUGUUACUUUAUGCAGAUGAUACAGUGUUAUUUGCAGAAUCUGAAAAUGAUUUACAAACUGCAUUAAAUGUUAUGUCAUAAUAUUGUUAUAUUUGGAAACUUACAGUUCAUUCCAAUAAAUAUGAGGUUGUUAUUUUUUUUACGUGUAAAAAUGCGAAAUAAGGCUACCUUUUUUUAUAAUAAUGCGGCACUUGAAGUAGUAGAUGACUUCAGUUAUCUAGGAAUUUAAUUUAACAACAAUGGUUACUUCAACAAACUAAAAUGUAUUUGGUUGACCAAGCUAGAAAAAAUAUGUAUGCUCUGUUGAAAAAAUGUAGGAAGUUGCAGCUUUGUAUUGAUUUACAAUUACGUUUAUUUGAGUCUGUGGUUCAACCAAUAUUAUUGUAUGGAUCAGAGGUAUUGGGUUGUGGUGAUGUUAGCAUUGUUAAAAGUUUUCAACUUAAAUUUUUUUGAAAAUGUACUGAAGGUUAAAAAAGUCAACACCUAAUGUCAUGUUGUUUUUUUUUUUGGCGAGCUUGGUGUCUUACCAAUAGAUGUUAUAAUUAGAAAUAGAAUAUUGAACUACUGGUGUACAAUUAUUAAUGGUAAACAAAAAAAGACAAACUGUAUACUUUACAGGUUCAUGUAGAGACUCCAUCAGAAAAUGUAAAUUAUUGUUCUUGGAUUUCAUAUGUAAAAGAACUUUUAGAACAACUUGGAUUUGCUGAAUACUGGCUGAAUCAAUCAGUAUUUUCACCAGUGUAUUUCCGCAAUAUUGUACAACAGAGGUUGAAGGCCAGUUUAUUCAAUCCUGGAAUGAAAAAAAACUUUGCAAAUUUCCAGAAAAUGUUUGUGUUACAGAAUAUUUAUAACAACCUUUGAGUUUGAAAAUUAUUUUAAGUUUUAACAACAAAUCUCGCAAUAUCCAUGUGUCAUUUCCGAUGUAGGAACAAUUUGUUACAAGUUGAAAGAGGGAUAUUUUUGAAUAUUGAGCUCAAGAACAGGACUUGUUAUCUGUGUAAUAAUACAUCUUUAGGAGGUGAAUUUCAUUACAUUAUAGAAUGUCCGUACUUAAAUUUAGACAGAGUAAAAUAUAUACCAAAUGACUUUCAACAGUCAAAUGUAAUUUCAUUUCAACGUUUAUUUCAUAGUAAUGAUAGUACUCUUCUUUUUAAGUUAGCAUUGUUUGUACAGAAAAUAUUUAAAAUUUUUUGGGAGGAAUAGGUUUUUGUCACUGGCAGUUAUUUGCUGGCCAGUUAAAACACUGGUUAAUUCUAAAUGUACACCGUCUUUUAUCUUUUAGCUUACAAAAUAUUUGUAUCAGAUCUAUUAUGACCGUUAAACUACUGUUUUAUUUUAUGUAGGCCCUUUAAGUGUUUGUUUUGUUAAAUUUGUUGUUAUUAUAAUACUGAUGCCCGUAUGGGUUCAGUUAUAAAUAAAAUCUUGAAACCUUGAA